AUAUUAUUCAGUGUAGAGGUUGGACACAAACACGUUUGGUAUGACGUCACGUGCAUAAAUCUUCUCAUUUCGAUUCCAUGUUAUAUCAUUCUCCUGCAGUUUUCGAAAAUUUCCUCGGCUUAUUGUCAAAUUUCCGCAAUUAUGGUACACGGUGUCCUGUAUAGCAGCUCUUGAAUGCAUGAAGAGAAAGCUAACGGGUGUCCGUUUAAUCAUGAGAAAGCAACCGCUUAUAUAAAGCCCGAAACAGUACAACCAGUCAUGGCUGCACCCCCGGGGCCAGGUGGCCCACCUAUCAUCGGGCAGGCAUUUAAUCUGGACACGGACUAUAUGCACUUACAAUUCAUGGACUGGCAGAAACGUUUCGGAGACAUGUUCAUGUUUAAGGUGUUUGGGAAAAGUUUUCUUGUUAUAAGCGAUCCGGAUAUUCUACGCAGUAUGUUUAUCACUUGUGAACAUGCCAACAGAUUUAACGACCGACCAGCAAGUUUCAUGGGUAAAUAUGUUAUAAACCGAACUCAAGAUAUCGUGUUUAGGAAUUGUGAUGAUAUACAACAGACCCUAAAGAUAGCUUCUAUGAAUUAUGUAGAAAAUACGCUGAUGCAGGAAAAAUGGUUCUAUGAAAAAUGUUGUGAAGAGUGUGGGGACAUUGUUAAAACAUUAGAACAAACAGAAGAUUCAGCAUUGGUUGAUAUUGUUGACAUACUAGACAGAUUCAGUGUCAAGGUCAUAGGACUUUUGAUUUCUGGUAGACGGAUUAAAGAAGAAGACCCCGAAUUUAAAAGUCUCUGUAACUUUAUGGAAGCUGGAAAUGAACUUGGAACAGUUAAAAAUCAAACGAUUCUUACAACAAUACCAGGUGUGCGCAAGAUUCCUGGUCAAUUAAAAGACGCUUAUGACCAAAUCAAUGACGAGAAAGAAAAAAUAAAACAGUUUUUCAUCACAGAAAAUAAGAGUGAAGAUGGACUGGUGGCAAUGUUAAAGAAGCUGGCUGCUAGUAUAGCUGAGGAGAGUAGGGAAACUUGGCUGAAUGAAGACUUUAUGAUGGGUGUAAUCAUGGAUCUCACCGCAGCUGCCAUUGUUCCCCUGAAACAUACAUUAUCAGUAUUAUUUCUGGUGCUAACACACCACCCAGACAUACAGAACAGAAUCAGACAAGAAGUACAAAACAGUUCUGAACAAGUAACCAUUGACCGGUUCACCGAGACGCCAUAUACCGCCGCAAGUAUUCUGGAGCUUAAACGCUUCCACACACCUCUACCUAUAUCAGCAAGGCAUUGCAAUAGGUCUGGAGCAGCAAAAUUUGAGAAAUACAAUAUUCCAAAAAAUACACAGAUAUUUUCAAAUUUGUUUGGAAUUCACCAUGACGAAAGAUUCUGGACGGAUCCAUGGACAUUUCAACCUGAACGGUUUCUGACACAAGAGGGUAAAUUGAUAGCAGAUGAUCAUCCAACCAUGAAAAAUUUUGUCGUGACAGGCGUUGGUCCUCGAAAAUGUAUUGGAUCAAAGUUUUCAGAAAAUGUGAUCUUUUUGAUCACUGCCAAUAUUUUGAAAAACUUGCAAGUCUUGCCAUGUGACAAGGAACCGUUACCAGCUUGUGAUCCGAGAGAGUUCCUACCAGGAGUAGUUACGCGAGUCCCAAACUUUAAAUGUAUGGUUCGAAAACCAGAUUCCGAAGUCUGAAAUUGUUGUAUUACAGUGUCCAUGACACUAAAGAACAAACAAGUGCAUUUAUUCGGUGAUAUAAACAGUGUUUUGAUUUAAGAGAUGGUACUUCAAAUGACACUAUGUGCAAUUUAUAGAGAAUAUUCUGAAUUUACUGAAUUAUUAUAUCAUUUAAUUCAUUAAAUUAAUUAAUACACAUUCACGAAUAUGAAAUUCUGUUUAUCACAUACACAAAAUAAAUACUGUUUAAAGUGAAAAAGAAUCAUUUUUACAUUGACACUAUAGUGAAGCGAGUCUUUACGUCAAAAUAUAAAACCGUUUUAAAAAGUUGCAAAAGCGGCACGAGUAUGUGAUAAAAUGGCAAAGGUUUAUUAAAAUGGAUAUGAAUAAAUGUUAUAAAUUAUA